UCAAACUGUCAAACUCGCUCAAAACGUAAACAAAAAAUCCCAGGAUUUCUCACCCGCGGACGACCCCGAGCGCGAUGCAAACUCCGCUGUACAAAUUCUCGCCGGACGAUUACGCGGCCGUGUACGAACCGGCCGAGGACAGCUUCCUGCUGCUGGACGCGCUGGAGGAUGAGCUGGAAGCGAUCCGUGCCCUGCGCCCGCUGGUUUGCCUCGAGAUCGGCCCUGGCAGUGGGAUCAUAAUUUCCGCCCUGGCGAAGGUGUUGGCCAACGGGGCGCUGUUCCUGGGCGUGGACAUCAACCCGAAGGCGUGCCGGAUGACGGCGCGGACGCGCGAGAUGAACGAGUGCCCGGUGGAUGUGGUGAACAUGGAUCUUGUUGGGGGGUUCGUGCCGGGGGUGGUGGAUUUGCUGGUGUUUAAUCCGCCGUACGUUCCGACCUCGGAGGAGGACUGCCCGAAGGAGCUGGAGGAGCACAUUGGGCAGUUUGGCGAGGGGUUGCAUGAUCUGGUGAAGUCGUGGGCUGGGGGGUGCGACGGGAUGGCCGUGACGAACCGGGUGCUGGCGACGCUGGACCGGAUUUUGAGCCCGGACGGAGUGUUUUACUGUCUGCUGGUGAAGGAGAACAACCCGGAGGACGUGAUCGGGAGGUUGGCCAGGGAUGGAUUUGAGGGUAGGGUGGUUAAGGAGAGGAAGAUUAGGGGAGAGCAUCUUUUUGUUCUAAAAAUAGUGAAAAAUAAACGAUAAUUUAAGGAUUUAUUGUGUUCACAUUUUGUAAUAUAUUUUUUAUUACUUUAGUAAAAAGGGAUUUUUUUUAUUGUAUAUACACUUAACAUACAGAGAAAAUUAAAAUAACUUUUACACAAGACAGAAA